AUGACAACGGCUGAGGCUUGCGGCUUGCAGCCAGCCAGGCCACAAGGGGCUGCAGAAGUGGGACGGGGCUCCCUGGCUGGCCAGGGGGAAGGAGGGCUUCCCAAGGUUGGGCAAGCAAAUUUUGGAAUCAUGAAUGUGAAUUUGAAUGAAUUGGAAAGCAAUUCAGAGAAUACUGUAGACAGCACAAAGGAACAAGGCAAUGCCAUCUGCAGGAGGUACACAGAGAGAAGCAGCCUUGUACGGCAGUACCUGCAGGCUGAUCUGAGCCUCCACCUCCUUGAGGCACAUCAGAAGAAAGUGGAGCUUCUCAAGAAGUGUUGCUAUUACAUUGAGGUUCUGCCCACGUUUUUGAUCCUGAGAGAUCAGAAUCUCUUGGCGUUUCCUACCAGCAUCUUCCAAGUCAUUGACCCCUGGAAAUUCCAGAGAGUGAAGAAAAUGGGAAGAUCCCAGACUGAAAUCCACCUGCAGCUUUUAACCUACCUGUUAGAAGAGCUGCAACAAGGUCGGGAGGAGCUGGUCUGCUAUGUGGAGACCUGUGACAUGGUAACUUUCCUCUCCAAGUGGGACUCAAUUAAGCAGAGAAUGUCAGACCUCUCCGAAGUAAUGAACAAUUUCAAUUCUGUGCAAGUAUCAAGAAGACUCUACACCAAGCACCGUUUGGUGUCAUGUGCAGAUAUUAGGGGUAACAAAAUACCAGACAUUAGGCUUUUUCUCUGUGCAAAGAUGCCAGUUCUGUUUGAUCGAAACGAAUCGUAUGCACACAAGAACUGGGCCCACCUCAAAUGGUCUAUUGAAAAUCAAGAGUCAUCCCAUGAACAAUAUGAACUGCAUUUUAAGUUGCUGAAGCGUGGAACUCAGGCAGAAUUUGGACACUGUGGGCUUGUGACACGCACCACCAACACUUGUGUAGUGCAGGGCCUGCUGCCUGACCGGUCAUACGAAUUCAUGAUCAGAAGAGCAGAAGUGUACACGCUUGUCUAUGAACUGUGGCAUGACACCAUCACACUGACGACAAAAGCUAACACAGCUGAAGACAAAAGCACCUGA